AAAGUUUGCUAAAGCUCAGACUGUUGUGUAAUUAUUCUUUAAUAGUAGUUCCAAAAGUUAGAUUGUGAAUUGCGAAUUUGUGAAAUUUUUCGUUUGGCAAUAAUAUUCCUUGGAUUAUCAAACGAAGAAAAAAAUUGAAUUUAGAGCCAAAAAGUUGAUUGCGCAUGCAUUUCAAGCACAGUUUUUAGUUUCCACAAAAUCAAUCAAAAUGCAUCUUGGGAUAAUUUCUGUAAAAUAUACAAUCUUCUUUCUCAACUUUUUAUUUCUAAUACUAGGCACUGCGAUGAUCGUAGUCGGUGACAUUGUACAGACGAAAAUCGUUCACUAUCACGAUUUCAUUGAUUACUUUACAGCAUCGUAUCCCACUUUGUUGACUGUGACCGGGUUUUUUGUAAUUUUCAUCGCAUUUUUGGGCUUUUUUGGAGCUAUUAAAGAAAGCACUUCUAUGAUUUUUUGCUACACCAUCAUCGUGAUCUUCACCGUUGCGUUCGAACUCGGUACUACUGAAGCUGCGUAUGUGAAAAGAAAAUGCGCUUUGAUGAAAAUUGUUGACAAAAAACUUAACGAAAAACUGGGCAAAUACCCUGAAAACCCUUCAUUUAAUGCUACCUGGCAUUUACUUCAAACUGAGUUGAAAUGUUGCGGUAUCAACGGACCAGAAGAUUGGGAUGGCGUUUUGCCAGAAAAUACGCUUCCAGGUUCGUGUUGUCAGAAGGGGCAAGGAGAUGAAUGCUCAAAGUUUGACCCAUCGGUGUUAAAAGAUGGCUGCAAGACCAAAUUUCUCGAUUACUUGCGAUCAUAUUUGGUCGCAGUUGUUGGCGUCGGCAUCGGAGCAAUAGUGGUACAGCUAUUGGCCAUUGUAUGCUCCUGUUACUUGUAUUCCGCUUACAAUAAAGAUGUUCGCCAUUAAACAAACAAAAGCUAAAAUGGAUCACUACCAGGAUGGCUAACACCAUCACGCAACGGUGAAGAUCACGAUGAUGGUGUACUGUAACACCAUCACGAACCUGGAACUCACUGACUACUCUUAAAUUAUGAAAUGGAUUAUUUGCCUAAUGAAAACAAUUCUCAAACAAAUACCUAAAAAAUGUGCAAAGUGUAUAAUUUGAAAAUAUCACAAAUUGACCCGAUUACUUUUUCAUUUACGGUAAGUGUACAGAAUUGAUUAUGAUUGAUUGUUUUCAUAUGGAAUAUUUUCGUGAUGUCUUCAUUAUUUUCAACA